AAUUUCAUUCGGCUUAAGAGGAAACGAAUGAAAAAUGAAUUUUGCCUACAUUUACAUAAUUACUUACUCGUUUUUAUUAAUUUGGAAAUUAAUAAUGUCAGUGCGAUCGGUCAGUUAUAUACAACGGAGGCAAAUAGAACAUAUUAUAUAGAAAUGGACAGAGAGUUCACUUUUGAAGAAAGUCGAAAUGAAUGUUACAAAAUGGACAUGCAGUUAGUGGAAAUUGGAACAAGUGAAAAAUCUAUGGAACUAACUGGGUUGAUUGAAAGCAUUGAUGUCGAUCUUUGGAUUGGAGGUAUUGCGAACGAUGAUGAGAAUUUUAUUUGGAUUUCAACAGGUAAUAAAUUUACUUUCACCAAUUGGAAUUUCGGUGAGCCAAGUUCAGUGAGUGAAAACAAAUGUGUUCAAAUAUCAUUAAAUGGAGAUAUAAGUUGGACUAACUGUAACUGCGAAGAGUUGAAGGGGUUCAUUUGCGAAUUUACCUAUGAGAAAAUACUAAAAGAUCUAGAAAAAAACUUGCAAAUAGGAAUAGAAAAUAUUCGCAAUCUACAAAAAGAACUUAAAGAACAAAAGGAAGAACAUCAAGAGCAGUUACAAAAACUAAAUGAACAAAAUUCAGAAACACAGAACAAGUUAAAGGAGAAUUUUGAAAAACUAGAAGAAACUUUAAAAAAUCAACAAAAUUUGGAAAAUUUAAAUGAAACAAUAUUAAAUCUUGAAAAUAAUUUAAAAGCUGAAAUAAAAAAACAGGAAAAUCUUAAACAAACUGAAUUAAAAAAACAAACAGAAGAACAUCAAGAGCAGUUACAAAAACUUACGGAACAACAUUUAGAGACACAGAACAUUUUAAAGGAGAAUUUUAAAAAAUUAGAAGAAAAUCUAAAACAAGAAUUGCAAUGUCAACAAAGUGCAGAAAACAAUUUGAAAACACUAAAGGAUACAAAAGAUUUGGAACUAAGUGAACUGCAAAAAAAUAAUCGAAAAUUGACUAAUAUAUUAUUUUCAUAACAUUUACUAAAAUGUAUUCUUAAUAAAAAUAACAUAAAUUGCA